UUCAAUCAACUAAUAACUCCAAAAGGAGGUGAAGUCUGCAAUCUUCUCUCAUAAGAAGCUUCAGCUGUCUUCCCUCAUCGCUCAUCGCCGCCGUUGUCCUUCAUCAUCGUCAUCAUCAUCGUAAUCAUAUUCGUCUGAAUUCGCUUGAUACAUAUGACGACAAUCUCAACCCCUCCAUCCAAUACCCUUGAUUCAAUUUCUUCCAUAACGCUAUCCAUGGACAAACAGACCUCAUCUCCAUCGUCUUCCAAACCCCACCACCAACAAUCACUCGAUGACCCACCUCCUCCUUUAACCAAAUCCCUCACACCCACCUCACCGGACUCCCACCACUCCACCGCCGCCAUCGAACUACCAAACCUCCUUUACCUCUCCUUCAACCAAGACUCCGGUUGUUUCGCAGCCGGCACCGACCGUGGGUUCCGUAUCUUCAACUGCGACCCCUUCCGUGAAAUUUUCCGACGGGACUAUGACACCGGAGGCGGUAUCGGUGUCGUCCAGAUGCUCUUCCGUUGUAACAUCCUCGCCUUAGUCGGCGGCGGACCCGAUCCACAGUAUCCUUUAAACAAAGUGAUGAUCUGGGACGACCAUCAGAGCCGAUGCAUCGGUGAAUUGUCGUUCAGGUCGGAGGUUAAGUCUGUGAGACUCCGUCGGGAUCGGAUUGUUGUGAUUUUAGCUCAGAAGAUAUAUGUUUAUAACUUUGCGGAUUUGAAGCUUUUGCAACAGAUUGAUACAUUCACAAACCCUAAGGGAUUAUGUGAGGUUUCUCAUCUUGCUGGAUCAAUGGUGUUGGUGUGUCCAGGUUUACGAAAAGGGGAAAUCAGAGUAGAACAUUACUCUUCGAAACAAACCAAGUUUAUAAAUGCACAUGAUUCCAGAAUUAAGUGUCUUGCUCUUACUCAUGAUGGCCGUUUGCUUGCUACUGCUAGUAGAAAAGGAACUCUGGUUCGAAUCUUCAACACUCUCGAUGGUUUAUUGCUUCAAGAGGUAAGGAGAGGGUCAGAUAAAGCAGACAUCUACAGCCUUGCUUUCUCUCCAACCGCAGAAAGGCUAGCUGUUUCAAGUGACAGGGGAACGGUUCAUGUUUUCAACUUAAAAGUUGAUUACGGACAAUCAGCAAUCGAAUCAUCACAAACACCAUCGGAGCAUAUUAACACAACUCCAUCGGUGGUUUCACAUUUAUCUUUCAUGAAAGUAGUACUACCAAAAUACUUUAGUUCAGAAUGGUCGGUGGCUCGAAUCCAUUUGAACGAGGGUUUGCAGUACGUUGUUGGUUUUGGCCAUCAAAAGAACACGGUUGUGAUCCUUGGAAUGGAUGGGAGUUUCUAUAGAUGCGAGUUCAAUCCGGUAGGUGGUGGGGAGAUGAGUGUGGUGGAAACACACAAUUUCUUGAAGCCAGAUGAAACAUUCUCUUGACAAACAAUGAGGUGGACAUGGUCAUGGACACGUGUCUUUUGUACUGUUCUUUUCCGGUCAUUUAAUUUGAUGACAUGGUUUCCACGUGGGUUUGUAAAUAUGUAUAUCCUCUACUCUACUCUAAUAAUAGUGAAUUUUGUGCGA